UUAUUUGCGAAACUCGAUAAAAUAGGUGCAAAGGCGUUACGGACUAUUUCUUCACUCGUUUAGAUUUAAAGACCACACAUAUUUGUAUAACAAAACAAUAAAACACGGUACACACAGCCAUUAGGAUACACCCUCUCGGCUGUUCCUGAAGAGAUUCGACCAACAUGUUGCUGUUCACCGCUCUGUUGCUUCACGCCUUCUCCGGCUUUGCUUCUACUAGUGAUUCUGGAGAGCCAUCUAUGUGUUCAAUGCUGGAAUAUAUGGGGCCUCACAAUGAAAGCAAGUAUUUUCUCUCCAAAUUUUACUACGUAAACGCACAACAAGCUCUAAAUAUAUGUUCAAUAUGCGGCAUGUACCUAGUAGAGGUCAAUGACGAAAGUGAGUUCAAGUUUGUGCAAGACAUUGCCAGGAAUUCCAAAACUGAAUAUCUUCUGCUUUCUGGAUCUGACGCGAUUACGGAAAACAAUUGGGUCUUCCCAAACAAUGAACCGGUCAAGUAUAAAGCGUGGUCAAGCGAAAAUCCAGACAACCAUCUAGGUGUUGAAGAUUAUCUAUCCAUUGCUAAGGUGUACGGCUAUAGAAUGAAUGACAUGCCAGAUCCACCAAAUAAUAAUUACAAGUUCCUUUGUGAAAGAGCGAUUAACUCUGAUGAUCCGCUUGACCAGGUUAAAUAAAAUUGUAACUUGUUAUUAAUCAACAGAGUUUUAAAUUAAACAUUGAUUUC